UAUUUUUUCAGUGAAAAAAAUUGACUGUGAAACCAAAUUGGAUAUCUAUUAUUCACCUCCUCAUUUUUUUCUUAAACAAAUGCACAUUGUUUAAUUUUGACGGGACAGAUAAGAAACCAACCAUGCUGCGCACUAGUAAAAAUGUAAUUCAGCUGGUUGCUGCGCCCCAGCAGCAACAGCAGCGGGGCAUGGCUACUCUAAAACACAUUUCCAUGCGAUUAAAGUCCGUGAAGAACAUUCAGAAGAUCACUCAGUCCAUGAAGAUGGUGUCAGCAGCUAAAUACAACCGGGCUGAGCGUGAUCUGAAGCAGUGUCGUCCUCUUGGCAAUGGCACCAAGGCCUUCUACGAGCAGGCUGAAAUCGCUCCGCCAGAAGGCGAUCCCAAAAAGCUCCUAGUCGCCAUCACCAGCGAUCGAGGACUCUGUGGUGCCGUGCACACCGGCGUUGCUCGUAACAUUCGUGAUACUCUCCUCGCCGAUCCUACCGAGCGUGAGAACACAAUGAUUGUCUGCAUCGGAGACAAGUCAAAAGCUGUCCUCCAGCGUUUAUUCGCCAAAAACAUCCUUUUCGUGGGAAAUGAGGUUGGAAGGAGACCUCCCACUUUCAACGAUGCUGCGAGAGUAGCCAACGAAAUCAUGAACAGCGGAUACCAUUUCGGAGGCGGUGCCAUCGUUUACAAUCGAUUUAGGACAGUCGUCUCAUACCAGGUGGACCGUCUGCCUCUCUACGACAAAAACGCCGUGACAAGCGCACCAAAACUCUCAGUUUACGAUUCCCUCGACGAGGAUGUAAUCCAAAAUUACCUGGAAUUCUCGUUGGCAUCGCUGCUUUUCUACGCGAUGAAGGAGGGCGCCUGCAGCGAACAAUCGAGUCGAAUGAGCGCCAUGGACAAUGCCAGCAAGAACGCGGGAGAGAUGAUUGACAAGCUUACCCUAACGUACAACCGAACUCGUCAAUCAGUCAUCACCAGAGAACUCAUUGAAAUUAUCUCUGGUGCAGCCGCCCUGGAAUAAGAAGGUUCUACACGUCGAUUAGUGUACUCUAGAGUACAUAAACAUCCAUCCUGGGACAAGAAGAAGGUAUCAGUAGAGGCAUAUUGUCGCGACUGGUGCCAAUUGAUUGACGAAUCAAUUCUUAUUCCAGAAUAAGCUGUCUCGGACAUUGUUGUAAAAAAGAUCAAGCCACCAUCAGCCUUGAUUCUUGUGUAUCAGUUCAAGGCCUGUCGAUCAAUAAAUUUGUUGAAAGAAUGCUUGGUUAAAAAUGAUGAUAUUCUUUUGGUCGAUUUACUAUAACCGUGCUUGUAUCAUUUGCUGUAUAUAUCACGAAUUAUUCCUCAGGUAUCAAGGUCAAUAAAAGCACGUCGCUUCAUUCUCAAUGCUUUAAAAA